CAAUUUUUACAUCGGGAUCGAAAUUUUAAUAAUUUAUACACAUUGUUGCUAUGUAUACAAUAUGGAGGGACUGUAGUCAGUUUGAGAACGUUUAAAACCUUUAAAAUGUCUAAAACUCUAGGGGUUGCCGAACAUGUAUCAGGGCUGCUUCCUGUAGUUCCUGGGAAAUGGGUCUGGAAAGAAGAAACCAAAUCAUUGGAUUUUGUCAGUGCAAAUCCAAUGGCAGAUAGGGAUAGAAAGAAGAGAACAAGAGAGGGAAACAAAUUGAAAGAUAGGGUAGCGUCUAGUGUCGCAAGAGGAGGAUACCGAGAUAGAGGCCAAAGCAAAAGAAACGCCACCAAAUCACCGCAUCCACCAAUAAAGCAGACGACAGAACAUUCUACAGUCACACUGGACGAUGUCAAGGGUGUUGCCUACAGCACAAUAUCCGAUGGAGAGAAUCUUUCAGAAACUUUUGAAGGCAUAUUCCAGACAGACCAAUUUGAUAAUUUCCUACUCCACCUGUUGAGUUAUUUCCAUUGUUUUUUUGAUAAACUUCAUCAAGAACACAAAAUAAACACUACAACCUAUAUAGAACCAAGUAAAUCAGAGAAAGAGGCUUAUGAAGUAGCUUGUGCCAAACUGAAAGUAGGACAUCGACUAUUAGGCCAGUCCUACUGUUUGCUGGUGUUGGGUCUGGGAUUGGAGAGUGUACAUCACAUGGCUUGUGGAGGGUCACGAGUGUCAUCUACUCUUAAAGACAGAAGUAUGUUUGAGACACUUUAUUCUUUUUGUGCAUACUUUGUAUGGAUUGCAUUUAAAAAGAAGGAAUAUGAAAAUAUAAGAAAAGAAAUUGGAAGAUUGCUGAGAUCUGAUACAUUUAACCCUGCUAUUAGAGUGAAAAAUGCUCCUGAUGAGAAAGAUCUGAAAGAGAAGAAAGAUAAGGAAAACAAAGAAGAGAAGAAACUGACUCCUGCUGAGUACAGGCGGCUGCAUCCAAAACGCCCAGCUAUCAAGUCAAUAAUACAUCAGAGAUCUCCAGCCAUUGUAGCUAUUUUACCAUCUCCAAAGGAAGAAUCCCAUUGGCUGUUCAAAAUGAGAAAUGCCUUGCCACCCAGUGAACUGGAGAAGAUUGGUCGAGGUGAAGAAGACGAGGAAGAAGAGGUGUUUGAUGAAGAUCAGAUUUUCCUCAAUAAAAAGAAAAUUAAGAUUGGAAUCAUUGGAGAGCCCUUGGCAAUGUUUAACCUCCAGACAUUGUCACCUCUAGGGGCUGACAAUGAGGAGGAGGAAAAUGAGGAGGAGGGAGAAAAACCACCUCUGGGAGAGGAACAGUCUGGAGAAACAGUCCCUCCAGAUGAGCUGAAGCAAAGACAGAGAUUGCUUAGCAACAUGUUUACAAUCUUUGAGCAGAGAGUGAGCAGACAACAAACAACAAUCUCCACGGUCACGGUGGAUGCAGAGGAAACAUAGAACAAUGAAGAAUGUCUUAGUACACAAACCUAAAGAACAGUUUUAAUUUGUGAAUGUUAUGUGGUGAAGCACCAGGAUUAUAACGUCCAUAUACAUGUAUGUAAAUAAAUAUAUGAAGUAGA